AUGCCAUCAUCUUCAGACACAGGAAUAUCGGAUACAGUGGACCCUAUGGCAGUUGUGUCAGACGACGAGAUACCAUUAGAGGGAGACGUAUACACAUCAGACACCACGAGCAUGGACGACGAUGAUUUCCAGCCGUUUGCUCUACCAGACGUCGGAGUUCAGAUACAGCCUGCUGAUGGCAUUCCUGCUGGGGAUUUACCUCUUGCGGUGAUCCCUGCUCCCGUUCCGCUUGCUGCUUUCCCCGUGGUGGAUGUGCCACUCGAUGUCGUAUCCGAUGACGACAUUGAUCUGUUCGAGGAGGGUCCGCCUGAGGACGACUAUGAGGGCGGGGCCCCGAUUGAUGCUGACGUUAUCUUUCCUAUUGCUGAGGCACCUGCAGAGGAGGCUUCUCUUGGUUCACCUGUCCCAGAUUCAUUGGAGUCUGUGGCAUCUGCGUCUCUGCACGACCAGGGUGUGCAGCAUCACUCUCCUGACACCGACCCCGACAUGGCGAUGUCAGCUGCACCUGGUCCAUCACACGAGUUCGAGUUUGACCAUGAGGUCGAUGAGGAUUUUGAUCCAGUUUUUCCCCCUGACUUCGAUCCUGACAAGGAGAUCGAGUUUAUUCAUAUGGACCAGCCCUUAGAGGCGCCCGUAGCUCCCAUUGAUCCGUUGUUUGACAUCCCUGCUGAUUUUGACAUGGACCUUGUUGACCCGGAGCCUGUCAUGGCCCCAGAGCCUGUUAUUGCUCCUGAUCCUGCACCAAAGCACGACCAUGUUCAUGAUGAUGCACCAUCCUUUGCAUCACCCAUUGCUGACCUACCCAUUGCUGCACCACCAUUGGUGGAUGAUCCUAUCGUUGAUGUACCAUUACCUGAUCCCGUGCCGGCUUUGGUUGACCGUGCACCAUUCGCCGCUCAGAUAGAUCCUCGAUAUGCCGACACCCGUAACGGGUGGAUCGAGGACGAUGACGAUUACCCACCGUUUGUGCUACCUGUCACUCCUCCAGUAGCACCUGACAUACCGCCACCUCGUCCUGGAGAGGGGUCAUCGAGGCAGCCACCUGUUUAUGUCCCACCCGUACUAUCAUCAUCUUUUUCGUUCAUGUCCCAGUUUCCUCAUGUUGCACCACCUACUACACCAUCUUUCAUACCAUCGAGCGAGCCAUUUUUGUGGACUACGCCCCCUGUUAUGCCAGUAUCAGAUCCGUACCACCCGUACCAUGUUGGGUACACUACGGAGGACAUACUCACAUCCCUGUUGAUGCAGCAGGAUGCAUUGACAUGA